AUGAAUGAUGUAGUCGACGACGAUAUCGGUGAAGAAGUAGUCAACAUCUUCAGCACAAUCGGUGUCACCAGUGAUGCCAUAUACGAGACACUGACACAGACGGCCAUCAUUUUUAUUGUUAUUUUUGGCACCCACUAUGACAGCGGAUAUUCGAUAUCGCACCGAUUACAGGACAACCAUGGAAAUUACAAGUUUGGCUAUAAUAUAAAGGACAAGGAGGGCGGCGAAAAUUCACGAGAGGAAAAGGGUGGUCCACACGGAGGUGUUGUCGGAUCAUACAGUUUGCACACUCCUAAGGGAGGCAAACGCAUUGUUCACUAUGUGGCCGAUAAACAAGGAUUUCGAGCACAUGUCGAUACCAAUGAGCCGGGAACUGGUCAUCAGGACGCCGCCGAUGCCAUCUAUAACGGUGUAGACAACACUCACGGCUAUAAUAAUGACAAUCAACAUAACUAUCAUCAGAGCCAUAAUGAUUAUAGUGCUCAGGCAUAUUUGGACAAUGAUAACAAUAAUUAUGAUGACCAGGCUCAUGGCUUAAAUAAUAAUAAUAACUAUGAUAAUCAAGAAACAUUAAUCAAUUUAUAA